CUUUCCGGAUGUCCAUACAGCGUCUGCUGCGUGAAUCAAAACGAAGGACUGGUUUCCAUGACUAACAAGAAAUCGAUCCAAGUCUUCGAGAUCGACGACAGGCACAAGAUGCGGGUCGUGCGGUCGAUAAAGACGAAGGACUUCUGUAAGGACGUCGCCUACUUCAACGGGAACGUUUACGUAGUGUGCGGCGCGUCUCGAGAAGGUUCGGACAAUCAGUUGACGAUCUACACGCUUGAUGGGACGUUCAUUCGAUCGAUAGUAACGGACGCGAACGGCGACGUCCUAUUUCAGAGACCACUAUACGUUUCUCUGAACAGUAUCGGUAACGUGAUAGUGACCGACGAGGAUAAGGGUGUCAUGUCAAUGGACGAUACGGGCAAGGUUAUCUCGCAUUACAGCGACGCGACUUUGAAGUAUCCCAAUGGCGUGGUGGUAGUGAACAAUGACCAGGUUCUGGUGUGCGGGUUCGGAUCGCACAACAUCGUGCAGCUCGGUCGGAACUUUGUGUUGCUAGGGGAGAUAGUGUCGGAAGCGGAUGGUCUACGGAAUCCCAAGAGCGUCUGCUAUGACGUCAACAGUCAGAGGAUACUCGUCACGUGCAAGAACACGAACUUUAUAAGAAUUUAUAGCCUAAAAUAGCCAUGUUUAGAUCUAAGAUAUUAAUCUUCGUAACAUCGUAAAACGAUGUAAAAAAGGAAAA